CUUGCUGACCCAAACUGCUUGCUUUGCACAGAGGAGGAGGAAGAGGUAACAGAGGAGGAGGAGGAGGAGGAGGUAGAGGAGGAAAAAGAGGAGGUAGAAGGUAGUACUGCUUCUGCUAAUAUUGGUUUGCAUGCCAGCUUAAAAGACACAAAGCCCAAAAAGCCUGCCUUUGUGCCUGGCUUGACACCGCCAAAGAUCCCAGAUGGAGAAAAAGUGGACUUUGAUGACAUUCAUCGAAAGCGCAUGGAAAAGGACCUGACUGAGCUGCAGACCCUGAUUGAAGCUCACUUUGAGAGCCGUAAGAAGGAGGAGGAGGAGCUUCUUAGCCUUACAAGUCGCAUUGAGAAACGCAGGUCGGAGAGAGCAGAGCAGAUGAAGAUCAGGGCAGAGAGAGAAAAAGAACGGCAAAACAAACUCGCUGAAGAGAAAGCAAAGAAGGAAGAGGAGGAAGCAAAGAAGAGAGCAGAUGAAGAUGCAAAGAAGAAGAAGAUCCUCGCCAGCUUGAAUUUCUCUGGAUACAAGGCACCGAACAAGGGUGGGACGAAAAAACAAACAGAGAGAGAGAAGAAGAGGAAGAUUCUCAGUGAGCGGCGUAAGGAGUUAAACGUCGAUCACAUGAGAGAGGACACUCUCAGGGAAAAAGCCAAAGAGCUGUGGAACUGGAUGCACCAACUGGAGGGAGAGAAGUUUGACCUUCAGUAUAAGUACACGAGGCAGAAGUAUGAGGUUACUGUGCUGAGAAACCGGGUCAGCGAUCAUCAGAAAAACACAAAGGGCAGGAGCAAGCGUGGCCUGAGGAAGUGAUCUACCAGAAGAACACCACUGAUUUCACGUCCUCCCCAAAAGGCUCCAGAUCUUGACAUCAACGUGUGACUUGGACAGCGCUUUACCAUGUUUUCUAAAUGAAUACUUGAACAUUUAUUACAAAAGAAUACAAAAGAAUAAAAAGAGCCAGUUGGAAAAUCUUGUAAGAGUCUUUUAAAAAGUACCCGUGAACAAAGCGCAUGUUGAGUCAGUCAUCAGAAAUAUAGCAGCAUGCUGGAGAUGUUCUGAUUGCAAAACCUUCUGAUUGCAAAAUGCCCUGAUCAUCACCAGAGAUGCAGCAUGUGUUUAGUUAACAUUGACUGGAAACUGGGAGUGUGUCACCCGUUUCGCUUGACUCUAUUAUCUGCAGAUGACAUUCAAAUUCGAC